UGCAGCAGCCAUUUUGUCUGCUCGGAUAAACCCUGACGCUGCGAACAGCAGUUCCACCUUUAAAACAAAUCAAAAUGUAGUUUCGGCUCUUCUCUUCUGCGAUGACUGUCAUUUAAAAUUCGUAUUCCACUCUUGAGAACACGAGAGGUUAGUCUUCUUCGAGAUAAAUGCAGAUUUCAGCGUAAAAAGCGCGGGUAAAGCUGAAGACAUGUCGUGCGAGGAAAGCUACCUGGCUAUCAUGCGCUAUCUGACGGAUGAACGGGAGCCAUAUGCACCGGGGACGCCCGGUAACACCAAGAGAAAAAUACGCAAAGCAGCCGCCUGCUAUGUUGUCCGAAACGGAACGUUAUUUUACCAGCGUCGACAGAAGGGCCAGAAUGAGUUCACGGAGCUGGAGGUGGUGCUGCGUGACAGCAGGAGGAAGGAACUCAUCAACCAGGCACACAUUUUGGAGACAGGGGAGCUUAACCAGCCGCUCACCUGGGAGGUGAUCUCCCAAAAGUACUGGUGGAGAGGUAUCCUGAAGAACGUGAAAGACCACAUCAAAGAGUGCUCGGACUGUCAGAGCAGACGCGGUGCUGACGACAGCUCUGGACCUCGACCGUUGUCCAGGCAGGGGAAGGGCAGGGCCUGGACUGGCGUGAUGGAUGAGGAGGAGUAUGAAGAGGAGGAAGAUGAGGGAGAGGAUAGCCUUUUUGUCACAGAUUUAUCCUCUCUGCAGAAGUCUAGGUUGGCCAAGGGCACGACUAAGCACGAAGUGGUCUUUGUUGACAGUAAGGGGGAGGUCAAUCGCUUCCUGCCCAAACACAGCCAAACCAUGUUGGGCAAACUUAACAAGCAGCGUCUCGAUAACCAGUUCUGUGACAUCACGCUGCUGAUCGAGGGAGAGGAGUACCGUGCUCACAAGGCCGUCCUGGCCGCCUGCAGCGAAUACUUCAACGAACUGUUUUUUGAGAAAGGUGCUGUGACCACUCAUGAAGCGGUGGUUGACCUGUCAGGUUUUGCCAAAGCCAGCUUCCUCCCUCUGCUUGACUUUGCGUACACGUCCAUGCUCACGUUCAACUUUUGCAUCAUGGCCGAUAUCGCCAACCUGGCCCGACACCUGCUGAUGACAGAAGUGCUAGAGAUAUGCGAGUCGGUGCACAAACAGGUGGAGGAGCAGAAGCUGGCGAUGUUCCAGAGGAGAGACGCCGGCACGGGGCCGGCUGCUGCGCAGGACGAGGGCUCGUUCGAGCAGCCUGAAACCUUCAUGGUGACUAUUCAGGAAGAUGGCAGUACGAUGGUCACUCACAGCGCCGUUGCCGUAUCAGGAGAGUCUUUGGCUUUUGUUGCACAAUCCAAAGAUGGCUUCAUUCAGCAGCCAGUGGCUGUUGUUACUCAGGCUGUGGGGGCGGCAUUGCAUGAUGGGGAGGCUGGGCAGAACGAGGCCGUCGCGCUGAUCACUCACGGCGGUCAGGUUGAGCCUGGAGAGACCGUCACUCUGAUCUCUGGCUGUGCCGAAGAGCUGGGGGAUGAGACGAUGACGGUGGUGACCCACAGCGGGCAGGCCGGAGCCAGCGAGUCCCUUGCUGUGGUGUCGGCCUGCUUGGCCAUGGAGCAGCCGCAGGUCACUGAGAACGAAGCGUUUGUCAUCAGUGUGGACCCUGACAAGGCGAGCUCUUCUGAGGACACGCUGCAGUCAGUAAAGGCAACACACCAGGACGGCGCGACGGAGGUCCAGAAGGUAGAAGCGGCACCUGCACCGGUAAAGCGCAAAAGAGGCCGUCCACCCAAACUAAAAAAGGAGGUGGAGGUGGAGGAGUACGUGCCACUAGAGGAGCCUGCCUCUGCAUCUGAAGACCACGCUGAUGAGCAGGAAGCAACAUCGGAUGAUCCAAGGAAAAGGAGACUGCGGCAGCGCUCCAUGGUCGAGGGAGGCUACGCUCGUCUGCAUAUGGGGGUGGAAGAAGAAGAGGAGGGGAAAAGUCCAUCUCCUCCACACCCCGCCACACCAAAGGUGGGUCUGCGGCAUGGGAAAAGAGGCCGACCUCCUAAGAGACCAGUAGAGGACAGACUGGAGGGACAGUUGGUGUCGGAGUCUGUAGCAGAGGACAUAUCUGUGGAGGACACAACAGCAGGAGAGCUCGGCACGGAGGAGGCCACAGUAAAGGAGUCGGAGCCAGAAGGUGGAGUCAAGCCAGAUCAGGCCCCAUCAGGGAGCGCCACAGAUGGAGAACACACAUGCUCUGAGUGUGGCAUGUCCUUCCCGAGACGCUACUCUCUCAUCAUGCACACGCUGAAACACGAGAAGACUCGCGGAUACAAGUGCAGCCUGUGCAGUAAAGAGUUCCAGUACGCCGCUUCGCUUCAAGCCCACCUGGCCCGACACAAGAAGCAGGGCCGCCAGCGAGUGCCCACCUCCAGAAACAUGGCAGAGGGCUCGGAGGGCAGAGAGGAGGGCGACCUGGACGGGACGUCGCCUCUGGUCAGGAGAGAGUUUGUGUGUGACAUCUGUGGUAAGACUCUCCCGAAGCUGUACUCUCUGAGGAUCCACAUGCUGAACCACACCGGUGUGAGGCCUCACUCCUGCAAGGUGUGCGGCAAGACGUUCGCACACAAACACAGCCUGAAGAUGCACCGUGCGCUGCACGACGUCACCAAGCAGUUCCAGUGUGAGUUCUGUAAGAAGCUGUUUGUGAGCAAGAGGAGCAUGGAGGAGCACACCAGCCUCCACACAGGUGAAUCAAAGUACCUGUGCAACACGUGUGGAGCAACCUUCCAUCGAGCUUCUGCUCUAAGCAAACACCUGAAGAAGCACCAGCCCAAACCUGAAGUCCGUCCCUUCACCUGCUCUCACUGUGAUAAAAGUUUUUAUGAAGCCAAGGAUCUCCAGCAGCACAUGAACAAGCACAUGGGCCUGAAACCGUUCCAGUGCCAGGUGUGUGGGAAGUGCUACAGCUGGAAGAAGGACUGGUACUCCCACGUCAAGUCCCACAGUGUGGCCGAGCCCUUCAAGUGUAAUGUGUGUGGGAAGGAGUUCUUUGAGAAGGCUCUGUUCAGGAGGCACGUGAAGAAAGCAACGCAUGGUAAGAAGGGCCGAGUGAAGCAGAACCUGGAGAGAGAAUGUCUGCAGUGUGGCAGGAAGUUCACUCAGCUCAGAGAGUUCCGGCGCCACAUCAACAACCACCAGGGAGUGAAGCCGUUUGAGUGUCUGACCUGUGGCGUCGCCUGGGCUGACGCCCGCUCUCUCAAACGACACGUCCGAACUCACACAGGAGAACGUCCGUACGUGUGUCCCAUGUGCCAGGAUGCACACAUCGAUGCUCGCUCUCUGCGUAAGCACAUGGCCAAAUACCACGUAGACAGCCUGCCCGGAAAAAUCAUGCUGGAGAAGGACACCCUCCAGUUUCAUAAUCAGGGCACCCAGGUGGAGCACGCAGUCAGCAUCCUGGCAUCCGACCUGCCCCCCGAGCUCAGGCCCGCCCAGCAGCCGGCCACAGACGAGCUGGAGACGGUGCUGAUCACGGAGGAGACGGUGGAGACCGUUCAGGCUGUCCAGGCUGUGACUGAUGGGUCUGUGGCUACGCUGUCAGAUCAGGGCAUCAUGCAGGUUGUGAACUAUGUCCUCGCUCAGCAGGCCCUCUCCGUGGGAAAGCCAGAGGAAACGCCUGAGGUGCUUCAGGCCAUGGAGGUGGAGGUGGCUAAUGUGGCUGAGGUCGAGUAAUGCUGGGUUUGAGAUGGGAAUACAUUAGACUCCCAGUUUCCCCUCAGCCUGUAAAAUUGUAUAAACAUUCUGUAUGAAACCAAAAGCAGGAGACUAUUUUUCUGAACAUGUAUAUAACCUAAAUGAACUGGUGUUUUCUGCCUGAACGAUGUGUGUGCCCACACUUCAGUUGGUCUUUUCUGUAAAUAGCUCAGUGUGUCAGUAGGUGCUCCAGCGCAACACGGGUAGAAGGAAGACACUUGUCUUGGCUAAAUGUGGUUUAUUUUACUAGGACGUCCAGCGUGGAAGAGGGAGGUCCUGGUUUGAGGACAACACUAUAGACAUUAAAUAAGAGUAGACGCCUCAUUCAAGCCUUUUAGAUGCUCUGAUAGCACUGAUGAAACAAUUUUCAGUGAUUUAAUAGUUCACCUAGACAAGCAGGUGGACUUUAGCAUAGACAUCUAGACAGACAGCGGCUGAAGCAGCGUGCCUUUAUACUGAUGUCCUGCCGAUGGACUCAGCAUAAGACUUCAUAUGAGAAAAUCCCAUAAUUAACAAGAGAAGUCCUGAUACAGAAAAAAAACUGUUGAUCUGAUGGGAUGUUAAAUGUUGUAACUCAUAUUCAAAAGCAACAAUAAUAAAAUGAUGGUAAUAAAAGUAAUCUCAUUACUAAAUCCAUAA